AACCCUUACCGCAAUGGCGGUUGCAUUUAAAGCUUUGGACGCCCUUCAGAGGUAUUUGUCGCUUAUGCAUCGAGUUUCUAUGAAGUGAUGUCUAUUUUACGUGCGCUAUAGCUUCAGAAACUUCGCUGACAUAGUCUGCACUAAACUUAAUGCCCCGUGUUCGUCUGAAACAUCCCCUGUGAACACUUCGAAGCAAGAGCGUCACAGCUGUGAGCCCGGAGUAACAUCAAAAUGAAUCGCAACGAAUGCACGUCGUUGACGGAUAUGUCCUGAUCAGACCUGAUAUACGUCCAUCACGGUUGAGUGUUCGAACAAGGAUCACCAAUGGAUAGAAUAUAUGAAGCUCUUCGGCGUGAGCUUGCCACUAUGGGUUACAGCGAGUACCUCAGCGUUGACUCCGCACAACUGGUGGAGAGAUUGCUUGCAGAUUUCAAGGGAUGCAUUCGAGAAAACAGAGAUACAAAGACGGCGUUGCAAAGAGCUGAACAGGAAAAAAGUAAGAAGGAAGCACAGUUGUUGGCCUACCAAAGUGAAAAUGGGAAGGCGGUAGACGAGAUCAAUCGACUUCAUCAACAGCUGAUGCACAUGCGAGAAGGGCACAUAGAAAAAAUUAGAGAGAUCGAAGGAACGCUGAAGAAGGCACAGGAACAAGCUGCAGAUUUCGAAUUACUCAAAUCACAAUAUGUUAGACGGAUAUGCACGCUUGAAAAGGAAUCACAGCAGAAGGGUGAAAAGAUCCUGCAGCUUCAAACCAAAACCUUUGGCCAAGCUAUUAUUCAGACCACAGACAGGAAGAAAGUUCCGCUGCCACCAUCUCAAAAAAUGGAAAUCACUCGCUUGUUACCGCAGAAAGCAGUUGGAUUCCCAGUUCCUGUUACACAAAAGUCUCCAGACCCAGAGGCAUUGCAAGUUUUAGGGAUAGCUCAUACAAAGUUACAUAGGUUAGAACGGGAAAAACGCGACCUUCUCGACGCCCUCGAACACGCCAAGGUCGACACGGAAGUCUUGUCCAAUAGGGUUGAUGUGCGCGACAAAGAAAUUGAACGUCUCACCGUGCUUCUGAAAGGUGGACGUCCCGCGGAUGCAGUCUUGCUGGAAAACAAUCCGAGCAAGAUUGUAGAAGAACAGGCGGUCCCAAUGCAGGAGGGACUCUCUGUUGCAGAAACCAGAAUACCAAGAAAGAAAAUUGCUGAAAGUAGAACUCUUGGUCGAGUUCGGAAAGUAAAUACGGGGCAUCUGCAAAGAGGGGCACAAGAAGCACUCCAGGUUCAAAAGCAAAAACAGCAACUGAGCAAAGCUAGGAAAGAGCUUGCACAAAUGGAAGCCGUGAGUUCUGAAAACGAAAACCUCGAGAGGCAGAUCAGGGCCUUGAAGUCCGAGAGAGAUUCUCUGGUCGAUAAGUUACGGCAACUUACCACCAACGAGAAAGACCUCUUACUCGAGAUAGACAGGCUUUCUCGAUGCAGACCGUCGUCACCAGGUGGCCAGGCGACGGCUAUGAGUACGGCUACGUCCCACUUGCUGCCCCUUGUUAGAGAACUAGAAAAGGAAAGGGAUAAAUACAAAGAAGAGACUAUGCAUCUUCACGAUCUUAUCAAGAUGAGUGGAACCAGUGGUGUCAGCCCCCCACAAACAAAUGGAGACAGCCUUUCGUCUGAAGGUGCAAACAGUGUACACAUGGAUGCCCUCAGACAAGCUGUGCUUGAACGUGAUGAAUAUAGAGAAAAAUACUACAAAAAGUGCAAGGAACUCGAAGAACAAACUGUUCCAAAGCAGGUAUUGCCUGACAACAGAUAUAAUGAAGAAGCGCAGUCAUUUCUACGAGACUUGCAAAAUGAGGUCAUAACACUGAACAAAAAGCUCACAGAAGUGACCGCAGACCGUGACAAGUUCAUCAGGCUCUACUCUGAAGCAAGCAAUGCACAGAGGUCACAGCCACCUGGUGGCAGUCUUAGAAGCGAGGCGGACGGAUUACAACGUACCACAGAUCAGCAGGGCAUCGGUGCAAGAACACAAGACGACCUCGAAGCAGAAAUCAGCUCCCUCAAGGCUCAGCUCAGCGAAAGCGAACAGCAGUUUGCAGCGGCGAAGAUGACUUUGAAUUCGCAGAGAAUGCUGAUAGAGUCGCAAGAGAACGACAUGUACAGCUUGCGGAAGCGCGUUGACGAAGCCGAAGCAAAGUACAACGAGGUUACGAAGCAGACAGCUUUGCAGGGGAGCGUGCCGAGAAGAGGAAGCAGGUUCGACGGAGAGGCGGACACCGCGAUGGCUCGAGAUUCGGACACUGGCGGAAGAGCGCAAGAGAGCGGCGCGGUUGAAGUCGACAAGAUGGUGCAGUCGCUGAGAGAAAAAGACAGCCAAGUGCAAGCUGCCAAGGUGAAUAUUGCUACAAUGGAGUCUCACAUAAGUGGACUGCAGUCUGAAUUGCAAGACAAGGAACAUGAGGUGUACAGGCUACAACAAGAGGUCCAGACUCUGCAGAGAGAUCUUGCAACAGCAAAUACAAACAUCUCUAAGAUCAAGAACGAAAACGACAGGCUCAAUUCUAAUCUCUCGGUCAUGGCAAAGGAACACCAAGAUAUGACGAAUGAUCUCGAGAAUGCACGUCACCAAACGGAAGAUCUGAUGAGGCAGAUUCAAGAAUAUGUAACAGAAGUGGCUCGGGUUGAAGAAUUGCUGCGGCAUAAGGAUCAAGAAAGAGAGCAACUGCUGGAGCAGUACAAGAACCUGACUCUCGCCAACACAGAGCUAGAGACACACACACAAGAACUUGAGUCACGCAGCAGUAGCGCUGAGCUGCAGCUUCAAAAUCGAGACGUUGAACUGGAAGAGUAUCAAGAAGCAGUGCACAAUCUCAGAGCGGAGCUUGCACAACAUAUCACUAGAUCUGCUGAUUACGAUGACCAAGUAAAUGCGCUGCGAACAACAGUCAGCGCACUGAAAGGAGAACUAGAACAGAAAGAUAUGGAAAUCAGCCGCUUGCAACAUGAAGUCACGAACAGUACUCAAGCGCAGGAAGGGCUGAACGCUAGCGUCCGGCAGCUGCAAGAGAAACUCAGUUGGGAAGAGACAAGCAAGCAUAGGUUAGCUGGCCAAGUGCAGAAGCUAGAAGACGACCUUGCUCUGGCUAGAAGCGAAGCUGCGGCAGCGCGGUCAAACACUGCCAGUCUGGAAAGUCUGCUUACUGUGGCUCGUGAACGCGAAUGCCUUAGCGAGGCAAACUUCCAGCACCUUGCAAGCGAGUUGAAAAACUUGCAGGACCGUCAAAAUGCUACCUCUUCUGAAAGGGAAGCUCAGCAGCAAGAGAAUGCGUACUUGAGAGGUAAGCUGGUCGAAUUUGGACACGAAGUUGAACAACUUAAGCGGCAAGUUACGAACGAGAGGUUUGAAAGAGAAAAGACAAAAGAGGAGCUGCGGAACCUGCAGCAACAGGCAGCACGUGGUCUGAGUGGACAGCUCACUUUACACGCAAUAUCGGGGUCCCUGCGUACAACGAUGGAUUUCUGUCCGGAUGCUACCAGAACUGCCACAUUCAAUUCUCACAGCCGUCCUUACAGCGCUGCUCCCCCUGAUGGCCGUCCGACAACAUGACGCCCAUGCAUUCUUAGACACGUUUACAUUUUUUGUCCCUGUAUUUGUACUUAUGACGACGUACGUUCUCUGUACAUUAUUUUGUCACAAAGCCUCGCAAACUUUUUUGUACAGUACGGUUUUACACGGAUUUUAAAGAACACUUACGUUUUAAAGAAUGUGACGGAUAAACAAAAAGUACUUUU